AGAAAAAGAACAUGCCGGACAAGGUAGCACCAGCCGAGAGGCAAAUGGUCGUGCUUCAGAUUUCGAAAAAAAAUAUAUCCGAAAAUAAUGACAACGAGGACAGUGGUGUGAAAUUAAAAAAAGAAUUGGGAUUACUCGAUGGGGUUGCUAUUAUCGUUGGUAUAAUCGUUGGUGCUGGUAUAUUUGUUUCACCGAAAGGAGUCCUUAUCAACAGUGGUAGUGUCGGGCAAGCUUUGAUUGUAUGGAUAUUUUCUGGUGUACUUUCACUAAUAGGUGCUCUCUGUUAUGCAGAAUUAGGUACGAUGAUACCAAAAUCUGGUGGUGACUACGCCUAUAUUAGCGAAGCUUUUGGGCCAUUACCAGCAUUUCUUUACCUUUGGGUUGCAUUAUUUAUUCUCGUUCCAACGGGAAACGCUAUAACUGCUCUUACAUUUGCACAAUAUAUUUUACAACCUGCUUGGCCGGAUUGUGAACCAUCUUACGAAGCUGUAAGAUUACUUGCUGCAGUUGUUACGUGCUUGUUAACUGCAAUUAAUUGUUACAAUGUUAAAUGGGCGACAAGGGUCCAGGAUAUAUUUACUGGUACCAAAAUCUUUGCUUUGAUCAUCAUCAUGGUCGCUGGUUUCUGGUGGCUUUGUACCGGUCAUACAGAUAAUUUUCGUCAACCAAUGGCUGGAACUAAUACGCAACCUGGUUAUAUUGCGCUUGCUAUUUAUUCAGGAUUGUUUUCUUACUCUGGUUGGAAUUACCUUAAUUUUGUUACGGAAGAAUUGAAAGAACCAUACAAAAAUCUUCCACGAGCAAUAUGCAUAUCUCUCCCAUUAGUGACAGUGAUUUAUGUUUUGGCAAACGUCGCUUAUUUUGUUGUAUUGACACAAGAUGAGAUACUUGCAUCUAAUGCAGUCGCUGUUACAUUUGGUAAUAAAUUAUUAGGAGUAAUGUCAUGGAUCAUGCCCUUUUUCGUAGCGUGCUCGACGUUUGGUGCAUUGAACGGUGCGAUUUUUGCUUCCUCAAGAUUAUUUUUCGUUGGUGCGCGUAAUGGUCAUUUGCCUGCUGCCAUAGCAUUAAUUAAUGUGCAAAAUCUAACUCCAAUGCCUUCCCUCAUAUUUCUGAGCAUUAUCACCCUGGCACUUCUGAUCAUAGAGGAUGUCUAUGUACUGAUCAAUUAUGUUAGCUUCGUUGAAGCACUGUUCACCACGCUCUCAGUAUCUGGCCUCUUGUGGCUGCGUUACAAAAGACCUGAUCUUCAUAGGCCAAUAAAGGUAUCUAUAGCAUUACCUGUAAUAUUUUUCAUCAUUUGUACAUUUUUGGUUAUUCUUCCUUGCUACGUAUCACCAUGGGAAGUAGGAGUAGGAAUAAUUAUUAUAUUUUCUGGUAUUCCUGUAUAUUGGAUUUUUAUACAUUGGAAAAACAAACCAACGUGGCUAGUAUCGGCAUCGCAUAAUCUUAAUAUGUUCUGCGCAAAACUUUUCCUGUGCGUACAAGAAAAAAAUGAUUGAGAACUUGAGUAAUGUUUUAUACACGAUGUUUUAUACAACCAUAGGCGUAUAUUUAUGAACAAUAAAAAGUGAUCUAAAUUAGCAAUAAUUCUUUUGGAAAUAUAUAAUAAUGAAUAUUUAUAAAAGUUCCUCUUCUGGCCAUAAUAAUUAAUAACGUGUGAACUGGAAUGAAUGAUAGUGAAUGUAUGAAGUUAAAUCGUGAAAAUGUUAUAUUAUAUAAAUAGAUUUUUGUAAUCAAUUAGUCGAUUAAUUAUCAAAAAAUUUUUUCUACAAAAUUAUUUAUGUAUAUGUAUAUAUAUUUAUACAUAGAAUGAUAAUAAUGUUCUCGAAAUACUGCCAAGUUCAUAAAAUUUAGAAAUAUUUUUGAGGCCAAGCAUUUAAUAUAAAAUUAGAAAAAAAAACAAAGCAAAACUAGUAAAAAUUGAAUUAAUUGAAUGAAUAUAAAUUGUAUGAUAUGAUAAAUGCGAGACGAUUGUUUUAAUAUAUCGAAUUUGUAUAAUUAUAAAUGCAAAAUUAAUCUUUCUUGUACAUUACUUAAUGUAUUUUGAAAUAUUUUGCAUAUAGAUUUUAAUAACCCAUGAUAAUAUUAAGUUUUCCGAUAAGUUCAAGCGAUUUUUUUUCUAAAUAAAUAAACGUUAAAAACUGCAUGAACUUAUCGGACAAUCUACUAUAUUUAAUAUUUUAAUAGAUGAUACAUUUUUGCUUGAUCAUAUACAUAUAAUUGUACAUAUAACAAUCAAUUAGAAUAAUUGUAUGAUCUAUUCUUUUACUAUGUAGUAAUUAAUUAAGAUAUAUAUAUAUAUAGACUUUA